GCGUUUGCUGCUUCGCUACUCAGUAGCAUUCAUCGAACGAGGUAGGUCCAAGUUGCGGUAGAUUCUUAGAUUACCGGAGCUAGAUCUACUUUAUUGGAGAUACGCGCCAGAUAUCCUACCAGUAGUGAUUAUUUGUUGCUCUCGUGGGCACCUUUCAUCCUUAAUGUGAGGCUCAUUUAUUUGACUUCUACAUCAACCCAAACAGUCAACUAACGGAUACCGGUACAUUUGGAGGACCACAGAUGGACUGGCUCACACCUGAGAUGUGAAGUGUGUUAUGUGAGCCAAGGUGUCAUCCCACCUCGGAGGUGGUGGGGAGAUAUGCUGCUCUCUGUUGCCAUGACAGCAGAAGUUCUCUUUGUUCUGUGGUUCCUGAUGACCGGUGCUCAGUGCAACCCCAUUGCGCCCUUGUCAGCCAGCCGGGAACGUUUGGAAAAGGUACUGACCCAAGCCAGGGAGGACAAACAGCAGGACAAGGAGACUUCCAACAGGCCACUGAACUACAGUUCUCUUGAGGAGAUUGGCUCCCUGGGCCUGGAGGGCAGCAGAGAGGUCAACAGAACCUCAGUCAAUAGGUCAAGGCCAAGCUCCCUUUACCAGAAACGAGGGGCCCAGGAAGAGAAGUCCCUGGAACAGUUUGGAGACGAGGACAACCUGAACCAGAUAGACGAGGGUCCUACCAGUGAUGUCAACCUCUCCUUGGAUGCGAUUGAUGAGUAUGCCUACCCAGACUACCGAGGGAAAGGCUGCAUGGAUGAGAGUGGCUUUGUGUUCGCCAUCGGCGAGCAGUUCACCCCAGGCCCCUCCACGUGCCCUUGCCUCUGCACAGAUGAGGGUCCCCUGUGUGCCAAGCCUGAUUGUCCCAAAGUGCACCCUCGCUGCAUCAGGGUUGAUACCAGCCAGUGCUGCCCUCAGUGCAAGGAGAAGAAAAACUACUGUGAGUUUCGAGGCAAAAUCUACGCAUCUCUACAGGAGUUUAAGGUGUCUCCAUGUGAGAAAUGCCGUUGUGAGCCCAGUGGAGAAGUGUUGUGUUCAGUGUCAGCUUGCCCUCUGACAGAGUGUGUGGACCCUAAGUAUGAGCCUGAUCAGUGCUGUCCCAUCUGUAAGACUGGGCCAAACUGUUUUGCGGACACAGCAGUGAUACCAGCUGGACGAGAGGUCAAGAUUGACGAGUGUACAAUCUGCUAUUGCACGUACGAGGAGGGCACGUGGCAGAUCGAGCGUCAGGCCACCUGCAGCAAGAAUGAAUGCCAGCAGAGCUAGAGACUUGC